AUGUUGUGGUCCCUGUGCUCAGUGCGGUACCUGCUGAUGUUGUGGUCCCUGUGCUCAGUGCGGUACCUGCUGAUGUUGUGGUCCCUGUGCUCAGUGCGGUACCUGCUGAUGUUGUGGUCCCUGUGCUCAGUGCGGUACCUGCUGAUGUUGUGGUCCCUGUGCUCAGUGCGGUACCUGCUGAUGUUGUGGUCCCUGUGCUCAGUGCGGUACCUGCUGAUGUUGUGGUCCCUGUGCUCAGUGCGGUACCUGCUGAUGUUGUGGUCCCUGUGCUCAGUGUGGUCCCUGUGCUCCAGUGUAGUUGUGGUCCCUGUGCUCACUGUGUGGUACCUGCUGAUGUUGUGGUCCCUGUGCUCACUGUGGUACCUGUCCUCAGUGGUCCCUGUGCUCACUGUGGUACCUGUGCUCAGUGGUCCCUGUGCUCAGUGGUACCUGCUGAUGUUGUUUGGUCCCUGUGCUCAGUGGUCCCUGUGA